AUGCUACUCCGAACCAAAUUACGGCCUAGGGUAUGGCGGCUUGCAUCUUAUCGGCCGACCCGUUUCAAAUCUGAAAUUCCAUUCAUUCGCAUUCAAGAUGGAACCUUUUACAAGAAUUACCCAACCCCCGAAGACUUGUCCAAUCCACCUCUCUUCCCGAACCUGAACUUCACUCUACCCGCUCUUCAAACUCCCAGCCCGGCCAAGACAUCUCCUCUAGAACAUUGGGCUAUAAUUGGUCCAUCUGAACGAACCGAUCUUCUCCAUGUCCUCCGCGGCCAAUACAUCUGUAUCCCGCCCAGCGCGCGUUCAUACCCAUACCUCCUCACAGACGAGAUCGCGAAAAAGGAUCCACGAUUGCGACUAGUAGAAAAUGCGAUCCAAUAUGUUGGAUUCAGUGGCGAGGGCUCGGGGGCCAUUGGGGGAAUCCGUGGCGCAUAUCUCAGUGCUCGCUAUGAGAGUCUUCGGGAGGAAACCGACUGGACUCUGCUGCAAUACCUGCGUGGUCAGACCUCCUUGAAUCCGAUGGAGGGUGAGGAGGAAGGCACUCUACACGAUGACGAUUUCCUCCGGCGUACUGCUGACAGUCUUGAUCUCACAAAUUUAUUCAACUUGCCAGUCGCAAACCUGAGCAAUGGUCAAACCCGCCGAGCGCGAAUUGCAAAGGCUAUUCUGAGCAAAGCAGAACUAUUGCUUUUUGAUGAGCCAUUCAUGGGAUUGGAUCCGGUGGCAGUGAGAAGGAUCUCUACACUUCUUCAUAAGUUAGCAGAGAAACGCAGCCCGCGGCUCAUCCUGGCCCUACGCCCGCAAGACAAAGUCCCGGAUUGGAUUACGCAUAUCAUGGUUGUGGGUAAUUCCCACCAGAUUCUGCUGCAAGGGCCAAGGCCAGAUAUAGUAGACACGCUUAAUGUCUGGAACCACGUUGUGAAAAAGACCAAGCCGGACUCUCUGUCUAAAGAGCAAGUGGAAACAUUGAAUAAGUGCAAAGCAGACUUGAAGGCUGGUAUCUUGGACAACGAACUCCUUGGAGAUUUGGUGGCGCAUACGAACGAAAUAAAAUGCUCGGAAGUCCAAGCGCCCUUGGGCGGUGAGCCAGUUAUUGAUAUGGAAGGAGUCCGUGUCCAGUAUGGAAAUAAAAAGGUACUCGGUAAUUGGCAGCAAACUGUUUCCGGUGAAGUAAAAGAUGGGCUGCACUGGCGAGUACGUCGGGGACAACGUUGGGCGAUUCUUGGCCCCAACGGCUCAGGCAAGACAACGUUGCUAUCAAUGAUCACAUCCGACCAUCCGCAGGCGUACGGGCAGCCUGUCAAGCUCUUUGGACGAUCCAGGCUUCCGGAGCCUGGGAAACCGGGAAUUUCAAUUUUCGAGCUACAGUCCCGCAUUGGACAUUCAUCACCAGAGAUCCAUGCAUUCUUCCCGCGUCAAUUAUCAAUUCGUGAAGCGCUUGAGACCGCUUUCGCUGAGACAUUCCUGUCAAAGCCGAAGCUGAAUAUCGAACGAGAUCACGAUAUAUCUGUACUUCUGAAAUUCUUCAAACCCCUGCUGGAUCCAGAUUACCUCACGAGCGAGAUACCAAUAAUAUCGACCGAUCGUUUCCCGGCUAUCAAGAGACAAAUAACGACUCAUGCCGAGCCCUACUUCCCAAUGGAUCACGUUGUUGGAUAUGCGGAUGACAUUCUCUUCGGCGAGCUCACCCCCGCACAACAACGCAUUGUGCUUUUCCUCCGGGCCCUCGUCACCAGGCCGGACAUUGUCAUCCUCGACGAAGCUUUCUCGGGCAUGUCCGCAACGCAGCGUAACAUGUGCUUGCAAUUCUUGGAAAUUGGCGAGAGACCUAAACGCCGUCCUGUUAAAGCCAAAGCUCGUGACUCAGCUGAGGCGGCAUUCCGGUUCACUGGUCUUACACCAGACCAAGCCUUGAUCAUGGUGAGCCAUGUGGCUGAGGAGAUUCCCGACAGCGUCCGCUAUUACAUGCGAUUACCGUCUCCCGCAGGCACUGAGGAUCCCCUUGAUUUCCGCUUUGGUAUCCUCCAAUCUAAAACUACGCUUAGACAACCUACGACCUGGGAGGCAGCCUGGUCUCCUGCACCGAAGUUUGUCAAGCAUGCCCGCAGGACGUGGCGUCGUCAACAACAUACUUUGCCGGUACAGGAUAUGACUGAAUUCGAAUGGUGGUCGAUAUAA